AUGCAUCUAGAUGAUGCUACUGCCAACGUGCCAGCUCAGCCCGGUCCUCGAGCAAAAGGUUCUGACCAAGCUCAUGUCUACUUCUUCUCGGGCGAGAUACCACAAGGUGAUCCCGAGGGUGACAUGGCUGAGGUCUUCAGAAAAGUUCGGACUUUGAGUCAUGCUGCAGGCAACGAAGAUCUUGGGAGGUUCCUUCGGCAAGCUACGAAUGCUAUCCGGGAAGAGAUAUUCGAGCUUCCCAAGAACGUUCAGGACACUCUUCCCUGGGUAGGCAACAUUCUAGACUGGACACAUCAUGUAGUUGCACUACGAAACACAGGAAUCGGCGGAAGCAUAGACCGAGCCCUCGCUUGUGUUUACCAGAUGUCUCUGGUUCUCGUGGAGCAACCAUCAAUUCCCUUAACAAUCCGGCAUGAGGCCUGGCAGACAUGCUUGUUGGGAAAGGGCAUUGGCCUGCUGACUGCGGCAUGUCUUGGUCUCGCGAAAAGCCACGGCGAGCUGGCAUAUCUUGCAGCGAUCGUUGUUCGCAUAGCUUUCAGGACUGGUCUCAUGGUGGAUCGUGUAUCUGGAAGUGUCGAAGCUCCCGAUCAUUCAUCUCCUUCGUCGAAAGCCUGGCUUGCUUGUGUUCACGGUCUGACAGAGCAGGCAGUACAAUGCGAAGUCGACAAGUACAACACUGCGCAGAACCUGCCUCUAUAUCGUGCGGCCUUUAUCUGCAAUACCACAGAGAGCUCCGUCAGCGUAUCGGGACCGCCUUCGACAAUCAAAGGACUCAUCGCAGCACUGAAGAAGUCCACCAAAAGUAGAUGUGUGCCUAUGCCAAAGAUUCAAGGAGCAACUCAUGCCGACCACCUCUACACAUUUCGCGACGCAGAAUGGAUCGUCCCGGCCAUCGACUUGCAGUCAUCAUUACACACUCGACUCGUGCUUCCCACCACUGGGCUUGUGCCCGCGGGAACGAAGGCUACUGAACUAUUUCGUAUGAUAGUCGACCAGGAUCUCUCCGCAAAGCAAAUCAAAUCGGAAGUCGAUGUCGACGCUGUCGAGGGUGUGUUGACCUCUCUGGGAGCUGCGCGGUGCACGAUAUAUACGGUCAGGCGUUUCAGCCAUGCCGAUGAAUUCAGAUCUCGCCUACGGUCUCGAAUGCCCAGCCUCGAAUUGACUGACGUGGAAAUGUCUCCCUCUCUUGCAACGAGACCGAAUAUCAACAAUACCAAAGCCUGUAGGCCCUCACAUUCCAAGAUCGCAGUCGUCGGCAUGUCUUGCCGCUUUCCGGACGGCGCAGACGAUGUCAAUAAGUUCUGGAAUCUACUCGCAGAGGGCCGUGAUGCGCAUCGCACGAUACCAGCAGACCGCUUCGAUGCACAAACUCACGUGGAUCACACUGGGCAAACUCGCAAUACCUCGAAGACUCCCUACGGCUGCUUUAUCAACGAGCCAGGCCUAUUUGAUGCUGCGUUCCUCUCCAUGUCACGACGCGAGGCAGAGCAGACUGAUCCGAUGCAUCGUCUGGCAUUAGCGACUGCUCACGAAGCUUUGGAGCAUGCUGGCUACACUGCCGGUAGCAGCAGGAUAUCCGCGCAUCGUGUUGGCACGUUCUACGGUCAGGCCAGCGAUGAUUACCGCCGCAUCAACUACUUCAACAAGUUCUCGGGGCCUAGCUUCAGUUGCGACACGGCAUGCAGCUCCAGUUUAGCUACCUUGCAGCUGGCAUGUACAUCACUCUGGGCAGACGAUGCCGAUAUGCUGGUGGUCGGUGGACUCAAUGUCUUGACCAAUUGCGAUGUUUACGCAGGCUUGAGCCAUGGACACUUCUUGUCCAAGACUGGUGGUUGCAAAACUUGGGACAAGGGAGCUGACGGGUACUGUCGAGCUGAUGGUGUAGGCUCAGUCGUUCUGAACAGGCUUGAAGAUGCUGAAGCUGAUAAUGACAACGUCCUCGGUAUCAUCCUCUCGGCAGCCACCAACCACUCCGCCGAAGCAGUCUCGAUCACGCAUCCACACACGGCCUCUCAGGCAGAACUCUAUCGCCAGGUCAUCUGGCGGGCCGGCCUAGAUGCUCGCGAUGUCGGCUACGUCGAGUUCCACGGAACAGGAACGCAAUCUGGGGACGCCACAGAGUUGGCGGCAGUAACAAGCGUAUUUGCUCCAUCGGUGCGUCCACGAUCUCUUGCUCAGCCGCUCUACAUUGACUCAGUGAAGGCAAACGUCGGUCAUGGAGAAGCUGCAGCUGGGAUUAUGGCUCUCAUCAAGUCGCUCCUGGUUCUACAGAAAGGUACCAUUCCUCCUCAUGUCGGAAUCAAAACAGAACUUUCUAUGCACUUUCCUGUCGAUGCAGAAAAGAGAAAUCUCCACAUACCCUGGAAGCCAACUGCCUGGCCGAAGAAAGAAUCUGGCAAACGAACCGUGAUCAUCAACAACUUCGGUGCGGCUGGCGGCAACACAACCGUAGCGAUGGAAGAAGCCGAUCAACGGGAACGUACAGAGACCGACGACCGUACACUACACCUCGUCACUGUGUCUGCAAAGUCAAGACCGUCUUUGGAAGGCAACCUCUCGCAACUCCUGGAGUGGGUUCAGAACAAUGCGUCAUCACAAUUAUGCGAUGUCGCAUACACGACCACUGCUCGCAAAGCUCAUCAUCCCCUACGUACAACAUUUCUCAUUCGAGAUCUGUAUGAGCUCAAGCGUAAUCUGGAGUCACGACUUAGCACUCUCGACGAAGUCGUUGUAGUCCCUACGAAACAGCCUCCGAUUGUCUUCGCGUACACUGGUCAAGGCGUAUGCUACACUGGUCUCGGUGCAGAUCUAUACCACAGGUCUGACAGCUUCCGCCGUGAUGUCGAGUUCCUCAAUGAUCUUGGCAUGAGCAUGGAACUACCUUCCGUACUCAGCAGUAUUGACGGAAGCUCCACGUUCUCCAAUGAUCUACCUUCGCCGGUGAUACACCUGGCCAUCGUUGUGAUCGAGAUCGCGUUGACCUGGUACUGGCGGAGCCUCGGAACCCAACCUCAAUCGGUGAUAGGACACAGCCUCGGAGAACUUGCUGCAUUGAAUGCGGCAGGCGUACUGUCGACAGCGGAUACACUUUUCAUCGCUGGGAAACGUGCACAGUUGCUUGACCGAGUACUGACUCGUGACACUCAUGGGAUGGUAGCUGCAUUUGCUUCCUUAAGGGAGAUCGACGACGCCCUUCAGAGAAUCCCAUACAACCUUGGGCUUUACAAUAGUCCCAAAUGUCACGUGCUGACAGGACCCGCGGCCGAAAUUGGUAUUAUAGCAGAACGACUGAAGCUCCGAGGCAUACAGACACACCGACUCAACAUACCGUAUGCAUUCCACAGCAGUCAGAUGGACUUGGUCAUGGAAGGGUUGACCGAGAUCAUUCGUGGAGUACAGUUUCAGCCCUCGAAGCUGCCCACCAUCUCUCCUCAAACUGGUCAAGUCGUCCCGGCGGGAAGUCGAGAGAUCCAGGCUCGAUAUGUGAUCAACGCUAUUCGAGACCCUGUCCACUACUACGAUGCUCUUAAUACUGCAAGGGACUCUGGACUGGUCACACCCGACACCCUGUGGCUUGAAGUUGGCCCUCAUCCUGUGUGUACGAAUUAUGUCAAGAAUACACUGGAGACUGACAAAGCAUUUCCAUCACUCCAGCGUAACGAGUGCAACUGGACGACAGUCACCACUGCGCUCGCUGCGAUGCACAGAGAUGGCGUCAGUAUAGAUUGGCGACAGUUUCACCGUCCUUUCGAGAGUGGCCUCCGCCUCGCGGAGCUUCCUCACUAUGCUUGGAAUAACCAGACCUACUGGAUCCAAUACGAGGGAGAUUGGCUACUUACCAAGAGCCGCAGCACCUUGCCUACAGUCGAGGCACCCGCCACGCUGGAGACUAGGACAUCGUCGAGUUUGCACAGUAUUAUCUCUGCGUGCGUCAAAGAGGGCAUUUUCCGCGUUGAGGCGAGAACCAACGUCAUUGAUCCUGGUCUACUUCAAGUGGUUGAAGGACAUGCCAUGAACAGUGUAGGCGUGGUAUCCUCAUAUGUUCACACCGACAUGGCGCUCGCUGCAGCACACCAUCUUUUGCAGGCAUCUGGCUAUUCCAAUCCGCCGACUACCAUAUCGGUCAGCGAUCUAUUGUAUCACGAUCCCGUCUGCGCCCAAGCCAGCCUCAGCCAGCCUCAGAUUGUCGAAACCACAGCACAAGCCACAUCUACUGCGAGGGAAGUCGAUGUUGAAUUCUAUCGCCCAGGCAGCGAAAAGUCAUACGCGCAUUGCAGGGUCUCGGUCUGCGAUGACACUGCACGCAUCAGAGAACGACAAGCAGGAACUCAGACUGUGUCGUCGCGGAUUGCAUUCUUGCGUGAGUCCGUAGCUUCAGGCACAGCGGACAAGAUCUCCGGGCGAUUAGCCUACCGACUUUUUGCCAACCUCGUCGAGCACGGCGAGGUAUACCGGAACAUGACGAGUGUAGUCAUGCAAGGCUCCGAAGCAUUUGCCGAGGUCACUUUGCCUGAGGCCCAUGGACACUGGCACCUGGCAGCCCAUUGGGCAGAUGCCUUGAUCUCGCUGCCAGGCUUCGUACUCAACGGUGGAGAUGUGUUUGACACGAAGGAAUUUUUCUACAUCACGCCUGGGUGGGAUCGCAUGACCUUUGCAAGGCAGUUGCAUGCGGGUGAGAAGCUUGUCAGCUAUGUGAAGGUUGAGCAAUCAUCCGAGCAAGGCUGCUAUCUGGGCGACGUCUUUAUCUUCGAUGCGGUUGGCACUUUGGUCGGCUUCGUGGAGCGAGUUCUGUACCGGCGCUGGCCGAGAGUAAUGUUGGACAGAUUCUUCUUUCCGCCAGAUCGUGGCCCGCCUGCGAAGUCUCAGGAGAAUGCUCAACGUCAGAAAGAUCAAAUCGCUGUCAACGGAAUCAAAGCUGGAAAUGCCGAAACCUCGCCUAAGACACCGGGCACGGCGACCGCAUACGUCAACGUUAACCACGAGCCUGACAAAGAGGCAGAACCACAUACAAAUGGCAACUGGGUGACUGCUCAGUCGAUCAUAGCGGAGGAGAUUGGAAGUGAGAUCUCCGAGCUCGCCGACAGUGCUCACAUCGCUGACCUUGGCAUUGACUCGCUUAUGUCUCUAGUCAUAUCGCAGCGACUUCGUGAGGCGCUGGGUGUUGAAAUUCGAGAUGCGUUUUUCAUAGAGGUGAAUACUGUUGGGGAGCUUAGGGAGUUGAUUGGAUGCAUUUGA